UUUAAAAAGAGAGACACUACCGCGGAGAAUACCGCGCAGUAUUCUACGGUGGCUACGGCGACGUACAGUUGACGAGCGGCGACGCUGAAUACACCAUACGAGUAGUAUUUUUCGUGUUCUCUGUAAUACUUUACUCUAUUCCAUUGCGUUCGAAGCAGUUCUGGGCUUUCAGAAUGCUUACACACUGGCUGUGCAUUUGUUUGCUGAGCUGGUAUGUGCAACAGAUAUCCGAUAUCGUAUUUUCUGUGAUGUGACAGAGGUUACAAGUUUACAACUACCGAUACCAGCAGCGAGACAGUUAACAGCCCCAACGACGCCGAUGGACGCUACUCGUCGAGUUUGUUCGAAGGGGAUAUCUUGGGCAUCGACGCCAUGUCCGAUCUGGAAACGACUCAAGCCAACGCCGUCCUCACUGAGUCGCGGAGAUGGCCAAGAGGAAUAGUACCCUACACCAUUGGUCCGGCAUUGCGCGCCCACCAGGCUACCAUUCUGCAGGCAAUGGCACUGAUUACCUCCGAAACCGAGGGAUGUAUCCACUUUGUACCGCGCACGCAGGAGAAAGACUACGUAGAAAUUUCCAAAGCUCACACGUGUGCAUCGGAAGUGGGCCGAUCAGGCCACCGGCAGCGCAUUUACCUGACGUCCCGUUGUGCCGAUUCCCAGGGCGACGUUCUCCAUGAACUGAUGCACACCCUGGGAUUCUUCCAUGAACACGCCCGGAAAGAUCGCGAUGACUUCGUUACGGUCAACUUCGACAACAUUAGAAACCUUGCUGAUGUGCGGAUCAACUUCGAGCGUAAAUACAUCGACACCACCGUGCUGGGCCUACCUUAUGAUUACCUGUCGAUUAUGCACUAUCCACCGGUGGCGUUUGCCAGAAGCCCGUUUGUCCAGACCAUCACUACCAAACGACCAUUUGCUAUUGGUCAGAAUUUCAACUUGAGCUACAGCGAUAUCAUACGCAUUCGAAAAUGCUACAACUGCAAUGUAGAAAACAAAGAGGAAGUAUUUGCCGUUGGUCUUCGGUAUGAAUACGACAAAAGCCAAGCAGAGGACGCAUGUCGGGCCGUAGGCGCGGUGCUGGCGACCAAGGCGCAGUUGGCGAAAGCGUACGCGGAAGGUGCCAGCUGGUGUUACUUCGCCUGGCUGGCCGAUGCCCUUCCGCACUUCCCCAACAACAUGGAUGUUAAUCCCCGCGGCGGCUGUGGACCGAUUCCGCUUCUUAAUCCCAUCGGUGAUGCAUGGUUCACGCAUCAUGCAGGGAAAUUCGGCGCCACGUGCUACGGUAUCAAGCUGAGGAAGCGGCAAGCGUGGAACAUCCAUAUCCGACCGUUUAAUCAGUUCCUCUGGAGCAUUCACGAUCGCACUGUAGAGCGCCGGUGUUUUUGUAAUGAUGAUUAUCGAAUAGAUGCCGAGUGUUGCAUCUAAAUAAAAUCUCCAUGUGCGCCACCUGCUUACGUAAGCCGAUAGACUGUUCGAUGAAU